AUGCCGUUGUGUCGUCUGGCUGGACUGACUGGAAAUAAUGACAGUUCUUUAACAGGGAGUUUUCACAAGUAGUGAUCGAGUUACAGUUUACAGUCAACUUUGCUUUUUUGCUCACGCCCAGUUUCCGUAUUUCAUAAAAACAAACAAACAAACACAGUAAGAUACCUGAAAGGGAAAGCCACAAAGAAAACAAAAAUGUCAGCUGGUCCAUACAAUUAUUCUUACAUCUUCAAAUACAUCAUUAUUGGUGACAUGGGAGUUGGAAAAUCCUGUUUACUUCAUCAGUUCACUGAAAAGAAAUUCAUGGCUGAUUGUCCUCAUACUAUUGGUGUUGAAUUUGGUACCAGAAUAAUUGAAGUGGCUGGCCAGAAAAUCAAACUUCAAAUUUGGGACACAGCAGGCCAAGAACGUUUUCGUGCUGUCACACGUUCCUACUACAGAGGAGCAGCAGGUGCUUUGUUGGUCUAUGAUAUAACAAGACGAUCUACAUACAAUCAUCUCAGCAGUUGGCUAUCAGAUGCCAGAAAUUUAACAAAUCCCAAUACAGUUAUUUUUUUGAUUGGCAACAAAUCUGACCUUGAAGCCCAACGAGAUGUAACCUACGAAGAGGCGAAACAGUUUGCUGAGGAAAAUGAACUUCUUUUUAUCGAAGCUAGCGCAAAAACUGGUGAUAACGUUGAAGACGCCUUUCUUGAAACCGCGAAAAAGAUUUACCAAAACAUUCAGGAUGGCAGUUUGGAUUUGAAUGCAGCCGAAUCUGGUGUCCAGCAUAAACCACUUCAACCUGGGAGAAGUCAACCUCAAAAUACACCGAACCCAACCAAAGAAGGUUGUGCGUGCUAGAGCAUCGAGAGAAUUUCUGCUUAUACGGUUGCCCCAAUCAGCAAGAGAAGUUACUAAAUCCUAUGUAUUACAAAUCUUUCAAUACCUGAGAGACAGAAGGAUAAGAUAAAUAUGGUUGGUUCAAUCAAGGAAAAGUGUUAGUGUAUAUCUAAAUUGAAAUAUACUAAACUUGGAUGUUUUUUUUGGGAUUAAAAUGAAAAGAUGAAUAAAAAUUAGAAUCGUU